AGAUGAUAUUGAUCAACAUUGCCGCACACCCCACCUGGUUUUUUCCCCCUAACUAUGCCAUUCCCUUUCUACAGCUCCAGUUUCUCCUCAGUUUUCAGAGGCGGUAAUUUGGAUGAAGUUUAUGCAUCCUGAGUGUAUACAGCCAAGCCAAUUGCAGGGACUUUUUUUGUUUUUUUGUUUUAAAUUUCCAACUGGGUUCCACACUGGGUAAGCUCCACUUCGAACUCCAGAGGCUACAACGGUUUGUGCAUGGCAAUGUUGGUUCUUUUGUGAUAAAAAGCACCUGCAAUGGGGCGUGUUUCCAUUAAACGGAUAUAAUCCAGUGAUGUAAUGUGUCGUGGAAUUCGGUGUUGACUUCUGAAUUGGAUAUUGAUCCAAUGGCGGUGCAGCAUGUGUGUUGAGGUGCCAAAUAUAACCGGGAAUACUGUAAAUUGGCCGCAUCAAUCAGGAGUUGUCAGGCGCACUUACUGGUGUCAGAAGAGUAACUCCUGGGAUAUGAUCGACGACCGACCCGGAUGUUGGAGCGCGCAGUAUGGUUGUGAAAUAGCACCCUCCAUGAUCGCAAUUUGAAAUGUCCUUUUUUGCACUCGCUUAAUGCUCGCAGUUACAGCAGGAACAGCCCCAUGGAUGUAAUAGCCUCCUGAAGCGCUGGAUGAGUUCACUUAGGAAUCCUGACUGUCAAAUCGAUUCGUCGGAGAUCACCCACAGCUUAAAAUAAUGCUGCGUGGUGAGUGAGAAUAUGUAUAAGUGUGGCCACUUCAGAUGAGACGUAGCGGCCCAAACAAACUGUGUCGAUGUCAGCCGCUUUCGUCAGACAAAGAAAAACUUUGGAGCUCCACGCUGUUAUCAGGAAGGUACUGUAAGGAGGAUCCGAGGAGUGCGCUUCAGUACAGAAGGGACCCGCAGCUGUACAAGACUAAUUUGUAGCUUCAGGUGCUGAAACAAAGCUUAUUUUCUAUGAAAGCAGGGUGCACCCCAUAGCCUAGUACUGAGGGCUGCACUUUGAUGCAUGCACUACGAGAGUGUGCACUGUUCACGUCGGUGUUGAAGUUUCGAGAAACAUACACAUCUCUGUGUGCGACCGGAAACAGCUUCAGUCCUGGCCAUGGCAGAGCUCGGCGUUUCGGAAAUGGAAAGGAUGAACACCUUUGGCAUUGGAGCUGAUGCACAGAGAGGCUUGGGAGCUGGAAUGACACUUCCAUUGCUGUUUCUGGCGACAGUGGUAUGGUGGAUAUGGCAGCGCCACAAAGCGAACCUGGAGUCAGGGCUGCCUGGCACCUUCGGCCUGCCCUUCAUUGGAGAGACCCUGACUUACGUCGCCAAAAUGAAAUCACCACUCGGCAACUUCGUCGAUGAGAAGACUAAAAGAUACAAUGGAGCACAGGCGUUCAAGUCGUCGCUGUUCUUCCAACCCACGGUUAUUGCGACGGAGGUGGAGACGGUGAAGAUGAUCGUGGCCAAGGAAGGGCGGUCGUUCGUGUCGAACUACCCCUCAAGUUUCGCCCUGCUCCUGGGGCGCUUCAAUGGCUUGAACAUGAAUGGCGAGAACUGGAAGCGGCUGCGCAAGUUUGUAAUAAGUCACAUCAUGCGUGUGGACCUGCUCAAGGAGCGUAUGGCCGAUAUCGAAGACCUCGUAGUCCGCACCCUCGACUCCUGGGCCGAUGAUGAGGGGCGCACAAUUUAUGUCGAAGACGAAACAAAAACGAUAGCAUUCAACAUCACAGCAUUGAUAGUGCUGAAUCUGAAGCCAGGCAAGGUGAGCCAGACGAUGCAGCGGGACUACUACCCACUGAUUGAGGGCAUGUUCUCUCUGCCCAUCAACCUCCCCUGGACAAUCUACGGCAAGGCCACUCAGGCACGCGUGCGAAUUCUUAAGACCCUGGAGGAAUUUUUACAAUCGAGAACAGUUAAGGACGAUGUGUUCGAUAACUAUGUACAGUUGCUGCAAGAAGAGUUACCUCCUGGAUCCCCACCAGCGCUGAAGCAUGAAAUGGGUUUGGACCUACUCACCAGCUUGCUCUUCGCUGGCCACGAUACCACCGCCGCUACCAUGGUCUUUUCUGUGAAAUACAUUGGCGAAAACCCAAAAGUCCUUGCCGAGUUGCGGAGGGAGCACGAAGAACUUUUGAAGAGAAAGCAACCAGGGGAGCGAAUCAGCUGGGAUGAUUGCAAGACCCUGUCCUUCUCCAACAGCAUCAUCACAGAGACACUCCGAAUGUGCAACAUCUCCACAACAGUAUUCCGGAAGUCAUUGGAGGACGUUCACGUUGGUGACUACGUGAUUCCCAAGGGAUGGCUGGUGCUCCCCUACUUCCGGGCCGUGCAUUUCAACCCCAGCAUUUAUCCAGACCCCUACACUUUCAACCCAUUUCGUUACCAGGAUGCUGCAGGGUCCAAACUGCCGUUUUUUGGCUUCGGUGGAGGUGCACGACUAUGCCCGGGGAUGGAUUUAGCACGAGCCGAGCUGUGCCUGUUUCUCCACCACCUCGUCAUGAAAUUUGAGUCAUGGGAGCUGCUCGGCAACGACGUGGUGUCUUACUUCCCUUUUCCCCGCCUCAGCGCGAGGCUUCCCAUCCGUGUGAAGCGUAGGACCCCACCCCAGCAACCUUCGACGUAAACUUCGAAACUUACUUGAGCCUUCAAAACACAGAUUCUACUUCUGAUACAGCAACGGAUUGAGCAGGCAGAGGAUCAAGUAUAAAACUUUAGGGUUAGAUAGUUUUCACUCUCCUUUAACUACCACCUACCCUGCUUGGGGCGUAUCUACUAUAGGUAAGAGCACUUGGAAAACAACUAGUGCUUGAUUUAUAUGCCCUCUCUACUAAGUUUGCAGUUUGUAGGUACUGAUUUUGCAAUAAGACGCAAGGAGUCUUAGCUUUAACGUAUCUUUUGAACGGUAGUAUUCAUUGUAGAUUUCAUUACGUGGGUGUUACUGAUUGAUGUAAAUUUUAUAUAUAUUUCAUAUGUAGAUGAAGUUGUUUAUAAGUUGUAAGCAAACAGCAUGUGUACAUAUAUUUUGGUUAGAUUCGACUCAUGCAAUUUGAAUAGAAGUUGAAAUAAAUUGCAUUGAUUUUAACUUCA